CGCCCGCGCCGCCGACACCGCCCGGGGCAGCUGCCGAUGCGGCGCCCGCCCGCCUGCCAAGAUGGCGUCUCCCGGGGCGGGGGGCGCCGAGGCGCCGCCGCCCCCUCCGCCCCCUGAGGACGAGCCCCCCGGGACGCGCGGGGCUCCCCGCGGCGCGGUAGCCGUGGCGGCGGGGCGGGAGGAGGGCGGCAGCGGUGGCGCGGAGCUGCUGGCCGUGACGGAGGAGCUGGUGCAGAGCUUGGCCGCCCUGGAAGCCGGUGCGGGGGCGGCGGCGAGCGGCACCGUGCUGUACCUGCGGGCGGACGGGGGCGCGGGGCUGAACGCCGGCGAGCGGCGGCGGCGACUGGAGCGGCUGCUGGAGAGCCCGGGGCUGCCCCUGCCGCCCCGUCCCGCCGCCGCGCCGCUGGCCCCCGCGGAGCUCCGGCGGGUCAUCGAGCAAGUGAGCAAGGCCCAGGAGCAGCUGAAGCCGGCGGCGGCCGCCGCGGCCCCGCCGCAGCCCUGCCCCGCGGGCGGCAUCAUGCAGAACGCCGCCCGGCAGCUGCAGAGCGUGGCCCAGCAGGUCGCCCUGCAGCAGGACAGGGCCGCCGCGGCCGCCCGCCUCCUCCCGCAGAAGCAUCUGGAAGCCAUUUGUGUCCAAGUUCAGCCAGGACAGAUGAAGGAAACUGAAAGGCCAGUGACAUCAUUGGCACCAAUCCAGUCCAAAACUCUAACGCUGAGUCAGCCAGUUGGUAGGAAUUCUAGCAUACCAGGACUUGGCAUUAUUAAUCCCCACAUAAUUAGGAUACAGCCUGUUUCAGGAACUGAGCAGCAGCAGCUAUUCCUGCAAAGUUCUUCUGAGUCUCCGGUUCAGUUGCUUAUGCAGAGGCCUUUACCAUCUCAUGGCUCAGUGUCUGUGAGCAAGAUUCCCCCGUCUAAGAUGGUGAAUGGACAGAGGGCUACUCGUGCCACAGCAUCGGCUUCAAGGUCUCCAAAUCCUACCAUGGCUGCAGCCAGUUCAGCAAGUACACAAUGUCUUGAAAAAAAGCAAAAGGAUGACAAGUUAAAGAAAUCCUUGAAGGUGAAAACUCGUUCUGGACGGAUUUCACGCCCCCCCAAAUACAAAGCUAAAGAUUACAAAUUCAUUAAAAUGGAGGAUUUGGCUGAUGGUCAUCAAUCUGAUUCUGAUGACUACUCUGAGCUGAGUAUAGAAGAUGAUGAAGAAGGAAAGAUGAAGGGAAAGGAUGCAUUAUUCAGUUCUUCAAAUUAUAAUCUGAAACCCAAAAUGUUUAAAUGUCAGACUUGUGAAAAAUCUUACAUAGGAAAAGGAGGAUUAGCAAGGCAUUAUAAACUUAACCCAGACCAUGGACAGCUGGAGUCUUCACCUCAGAAAAUACCUCUAAAUAAGCCUAAUGGAAGUAUAUUUGUGGAAGAGCAAAUGAUGAGUCCAGCACAUUUGGAUUCAACUACUGUCACUUUAAAUCAUGAAAAAGCACUAGCUACCAAUCUGGAAGAAACUGUUGAUUCAAAGGCUGGAGAACAGGCUUCAGAGUCUGAGGAAAGCAGACACUUGCUGGCAGAAAAACCAAAUGAAACCAGUUCAGGACACCGGGGACCCGUAACACCAAAAGGACCUGGAAGACCCAGACGACCAAAGAGACGUGGUCGACCCAGGACGGGUGGAAGAUCCAGGUGUUCUGGAAGGCUUAGCAGACCUGGUCAGUCCCCUUCAAAGUCACUUAGUAGUGUGUCAGCAGAACACAAUGUAUUCAGAAGAAAAGCUAGGUUAAAAGAGCUAAUACAACAAUGUGAUAAUGAAGACUUAAUGGAGCUGGCUCUCCCACGUCUUACAAAGCUUGUUACGGUGUAUGAAUUCCUGUUGAUGAAGGUUGAAAAAGGAUAUCCAGCCAAAGCUUACUUUCCAGAUGUGUACAGGGAAUUUGAAGACUUGCAUAACAUGGUAAAGAAAAUGGCUUAUGAUCACCUCAGUAAUUCUGAUUCUGUGAGUUGCCAGCAGCCUGUUGAAAUAAAAGAUGCUAAGGUUGCUGAAUCUCUAGGAAUCACAGAAAUACUCAGUGGAGAACAGAAGAUGCAAAGUGCAGGCUCUUGUUCACCAUGUGUAAUUAAAAUGGUUAGUGAGCAAGUGCCUGAGGAUGUACUGGGACAAAAAUGGUUAGCUGAGAGCUCAGGGGAAGAACUGUUGCCACCAGCCAAAAGGACCAAGUUAGAAGACGUAACAGAGAAUGUGAACGAUGCUUAUGCCAGUCAAGAUGAAGUGAAAGAAAAUAGUGGAAAUUUGUGUACACUGUUUGAAAAAGAUGGUUUUAAUCCAUUAAAUGGAGAAAUCUUGCUUUCAGAAGAUAGGCAUAUCACUUGCUGCACAACUGGAAGUACAUUACAGACAGCAGAAGAACAUAAUUCAGUUGCUGAUUCAGGAGUUAGAAACUAUGCUGAAAAUUCAGGUACCUUCUCCCAAACUGUGGAAAUGAGGAUAGAGUAUCCCCAGCCUGUGAGCAUACAGGGAGCAGAUCUGGCAGGUGCCACAUCUCUGCUGCACACUGAAGUCGUGCUGCCUGUUGAAGCAGGUGGCUCAGCUGGGCUGGUUCAGGCGCACUUUGUGAGCGGGAAUGCAGCGGGGGGACUGGCAGCUCCUGAACUCCACAGCUCCAUGCCGAAGCAGGCAGUGGCCAGUCAGAGCACUGGCUUACCAACGAGUGAAGAAAAUGGUCACAAUCCAAAAUAUCAGGAACUGCAAGAAGAAAAUCCUAAAUUUGCAAUUAAAGAACAUUCUGAGCAACUUCAUAAUGCUGGUAUGACUGAUGACAUACAGGAACUUGAAAAAGUUUUUUCAACAAACAUUGUGCCAAUAAACUACCCCCACAGUGCUCAGGCUGAAUCGCAUGAGAACGCUGUCCAGGGAGCCUCCCUGUCCACUCAUGGGAGCCAGGAAAAUGCUUUUAAAAAUGAGAGUGAAUAUUCUUCACAGGAGCUGGCGAAUACAGUUACUGUAGAUGAAACUGUAGCUUUUGAGAUUUCUGAUGAGAGCCAUGAUUUUUUGUCUCAGGGACACGAACAGAUUUUUAUCCAGACUUCAGAUGGGCUUAUCUUGUCUCAUCCAGACACUGCUGUUUUGUCUCAGGCGGAAGGCAUCGUUAUUGUGACUGAUUCCAAUGGUACUACAAUGCACAUUCGCACACCUGAAGGGAUACCUUUGGAAACAGUGGAAGCACUACUGGCAAUGGAAGCAGGUGGCCAAAGUGAAGAUAUUUUGCUCUCGCAAAGUGAAUUGGAGCCAUAAAUUAGAAAACCCUAUAAGCUUUCUUCUGGAAAAGACUGAUUAUAAAAUGUAUAUUUUUCUAAUGUGAAUACUGAGAUAAUUGAAAUUUAACUUAUUUGUAAACUGUUUCUAUGCCCUGUACUUUUUAUAACUUAUGUUUAUAUAAAUCUAGCAGCAUUGCAACCAAAAAUUCUAGAAUUAACAUUGUUCUAUUUGCUUUAUAUGUUGGGGAUGGGUGGAAAGUGGAAAUCUUGUCAACCCUAAAACUUGCACUGUUCCCUUUUGUUACAUAAUUCCUUUUCUCUAGCCAUCUAAAAAUGCAGUAAGUUGUACUGCUGUUCAGCAGUGAUGUGCUGUGUACUGGCAAGCUGUAUAUGGGUAAAAUAAAAGCUAUAUUAAAAAUGUG